GCACAACCAAAUUAUACUAACUUGUCCCAAGCCUUACAAACACUUGCCCACGAAGUUACUUUCGUCCCAAAUAUGCCAAACUUGAACGUUGCAAACCAGUUAACAAUAAUUCAACGAUCACUCUCAAAUUUGACUGAUAAUAUCACAGACUUGACUGAUACAGUCAAAAACUUGUCUAAUAGAAUCGAUGAUUUGACCAUCACUAUUCAAACAACUGCGGAAAACACGGACGCGCGAAAUCUAGCACGAAUUUUUAACUCGCGCUUAUCCAGUCCAGACUUACAAUUGGAACUAGUUCCGGACAUGGCUGGUAAUGUCCCACAAAACUAUCCCCAAUCGAUCACUGCAUUUCGGGAGAUGACAGACCAUAGUUUAAACUCUCUCAUGGCAUUCUACGGGUUGCAACCUACUGGUACUGUUGAGGCUCGACGAAAACGAUUUGCAAAAUACAUAGGUGUCCAAUUAUUUUAA